AUGACGCGUUUUCUGACCUCCACCGUUGUGAGAGUAAUGGGUUACAUUGCCUAUGUAUUGUUUUUCAUCUGGCAAGUAAUCGGUUUGAUCUUGUACACAAUCCGUGCCUUUGAAGUAAGUCUCAAUUCCAAACGUGCAAGCUUCCAACUGGCAGACAUCACCUCAUUUGAUCGUUCUGAGGAACUGGAGCUCGCGUGGGUUAUGUCCCAGAUAUGCAACUGCGCCUUGGUACUCCUGGCUGUAUCAAGAGUACCUUCUUUCUUAGGGUGGUCUUUCAUUCCGAGGCUGCUAGUUCAGCUUCCAGCGUUUUGGAGUCUUCUGGCCUUGUUCUUGAUGACAGUUGUAGGCUACGGGAUGAUCCUUGUUCACAAAAAUGACGAGAUGAUGGAGAUCUGUCUGAUUUUAGCUCUAACGAUGGACAAUUGUGUUCAGGUAGUUUUGAUAAGCUUCCUAAACUUCACUCAAAUAAAUCGCUCCUACAGGCAAUAUCCUUUUACAGUAUUUGCCUUCCUCAAAAUUAAUAUAUUUCUUCUUUUUUUAUCGUAUUUUGCAACCUUUGUUGUCAGCUCACUCCAGAUUGCAAUUCGAGUCUAUGGCAUAGAGAAGAGUGAAUCAAUUUCUGAUGAUUGUUUUUGUGCAAUUGUUGCGGUAAGGAGAUUUACACAGGUGGUAUUCUCUUACAGAGUUUAUAUAUUUUACUGGGACAAAUUGUUUUCUGAUCACAGAAAUAUUCUUUGUCAUCACGACUAUUUGGAAGAGACUAUAAAAGAAAUUAGAACGAGAAAUCGGUCAAUUUAA